GGCCUUGCGGCGUGAACGUCGAGGUCAAGGUCAUGGCCAAUGACACCAUCAGCGCCGAUGGCAUGGGCAAUGGGAACAAUGACACAUUUUCGUUCAUCACAGAUCGCCCGGGGCUCGACCUUUCACGCGGCGGGCCGCCUACCGACGCUGUCGAGGGCCGAGCAGGAUGCGGCGACGGUGGCGACAAGGCCUCUGGAGUUCGGAGCCCGAGGGCCUUUGCAGGGGUCGAUGGCGGCAGCGCAUUUCAGUUCGCGAAGGUGCUUAGUGACUGUCGCGGCAUGCAAUCGAUGUUUGUACACCAGCCCCUCGUCGACAUCGACGUUGGUCUAGUGAUGAAGCGCGUGCGGCACCUCCACGAUCGUGCCAUCGCCUCUGGGCGCUCCGUCUACAUCGGCACGACGAGCGACCCUUCAUGGCGAUGGAAUGGAGGACGGGGGUGGCGUGGAAACGACCGAAGCUUCAUGCGCGGGCACAAGCUCAGCUACGAUGGGAUGCAAGUGGUCGCGUCCUUCCCCGGCAAACAAUGCGGAGAGGUUGAGAAGCAUGUGAUCGCGCACUUCCCCCGUGCUGACAACAAG